AUGGAGCUGCGUCUGCCCGUGCCCCGGGGCCGCUUCAGCCUCGUCUUGGGCACUGGAGUAUUAGCUUUCUUGAGGGUUUCACGGCUAGGCUUUCGAGAUGCCCUGUGCUGCCCGGACAUGGGCGAUGCCCUCCAGCUGGCCUGCCCUGGCACCCCUCUCGCUAGGCAGGCCAUCUGCUUGGCUCCUCGGCCACCUUCAGAAUCCCUAGACAGGAGCAGCCUCCAGCCCCUCCGUGGCUACAUUCCCAGUCUGGAGACCGGCCAGGUGUCCGAGAAGUCUCCUUCCACUGGCAGCCCCAGAAGAACUCAGGAAUAUAUUAAAGGGAUCUGUGAGCCUGAACUUGAAGAAAGAGAAUGUUACCCCAAAGCCAUGCACUGCAUUUUUGUUGGGGCCAAGAGCCUAUUUCUGAAGAGCUUGAUUCAGGACACCUGUGCUGAUCUCUGCAUUCUAGACAUUGGUCUGCUUGACAUCAAAGGAAGUGCUGAAGCUGUGGUUAUGGCUAGAAGUCAUGUUCAACAGUUUGUAAAGCUGUUUGAGAAUAAUGAGAACCUCCCUAGCAGUCAGGAAGAGUCAGAGGUAAAAAGGGAAUUUAAACAAUUUGUUGAAGCUCGUGCAGACAACUACACAGUGGACUUGUUGCUCUUGCCUACUUCCUUGAAAAAAGAACUUUUGACACUCACACAAGGUGAGGAGAAUUUGUGUGAAACAGGAGAUGAUGAUGUUGUUGAAAUUGGAGAUUCAAAACAAACAGAGUUCACACAGAAUGCUGCCACAGGACUGAGUAUUUCCAGAGAUGAAACUGUUUUGCAAGAAGAUGCAAGAAAUACAGCUGGGACUCCUGUUUCUGAGCUUACAAAACAAAUGGACACGAUCUUUUCCAGUUCACAAGAUGUACUUUCUGUUCCAAUAAAUGGCCUAACCCCAGAUGAAGAAGCGUUUUCCAAAGAUAGAGUUUGUCACAAAAGGAGAUUUUCUGAUUCUGAAGAAAGGCAUACCAAGAAACAAUUUUCUUUGGAAAAUGUUCAAGAGGGGGAGCUUUUGCAGGAGGGUAAGAUAUCGGCUGGAAAUGUGAUCAUUGACUUAUCUGAUUCUUCUGCUGAUACUGAAAAUGUAAGUCCAGAUGUAAAAGACACUACCGAGGAAAUGGAAUACAAUAUCCUCGUCAACUUUUUUAAAACAAUGGGUUAUUCCCAAGAAAUUGUUGAAAAGGUCAUUAGAGAGUAUGGUCCAGCCACUGAACCGUUACUGCUCUUAGAGGAAAUUGAAAAGGAAAAUAAAAGAUUCCAAGAAGACAGAGAAUUUUCAACUGGUACAUAUCCAGAGACCAACAAAACCAAAACUAAAGGUGUUUGUAGCAACACAAAAGAGCUUAUAACAGAGUCUACUCCAAAGAAAACACAAACUCACACACAGCAAAAUACAACAGAGAAAUUUUCUCAGUUGCCAUUAAAAGUAGAGUCAAAACCAUGUACCUCAAAUUGCAAAAUUAACAAUUUCAGGACAGUGCCAGCAGAACAGAAACCAGAAAGUUGGGGUUCAAACCCAAACUACGUUUGUAACAUAGACCUUGAAACCGAUGGCCUUUCACCCUGUGUUGCUCCUUCAAGCCCCAAAGAAGUAGUCAGUUUCGUUUCAAGAGGAGCUUCAAGUCACCAGCCCAGAAUUACAAUUUUUCCUGAAAAUGGUCUACAGCAGCAAGCGGAACCCUUGCUUGCACCAAGUAAUACGAAGUCUGUAUGUGAAAACCGUCCAGGAUAUUGUGGCUCUCCUCAUUCUAAGCCAAAUUGUCCACCCCUUUCUCCACCAACACCCCAGCUGUUACCUUCAGUUGCUGAUGCAAGGUUGGCAGGAUCUUGGGAUCCCAUUGAUUCUUCAGUCACCGGGGUUCAAAGGUUUCGAGAUACUCUGAAAGUACCCUACAAGCUGGAAUUAAAAAAUGAACCAGGGAGAUCGGACUUGAAGCAUAUUGUUAUAGAUGGGAGCAAUGUUGCAAUUACACAUGGUCUGAAAAAGUUCUUUUCUUGUCGUGGAAUUGCAAUUGCAGUUGAAUAUUUUUGGAAACUUGGCAACAGAAAUAUCACUGUAUUUGUCCCACAGUGGAGAACAAGACGUGAUCCUAAUGUCACAGAACAGCACUUCUUAACUCAGCUCCAGGAGCUUGGAAUAUUAUCUUUAACUCCUGCACGGAUGGUCUUUGGAGAGAGAAUUGCUUCUCAUGAUGACAGGUUUCUGCUACACUUGGCAGACAAAACUGGUGGCAUAAUUGUAACAAAUGAUAACUUCAGAGAAUUUGUCAAUGAGUCGGUCUCUUGGAGAGAAAUUAUUACGAAAAGAUUGCUUCAGUAUACCUUCGUGGGGGACAUAUUUAUGGUUCCUGAUGAUCCUCUGGGAAGAAGUGGACCUCGACUAGAAGAGUUUCUUCGGAAGGAAGGCUUCCUUAGAGAUAUGCAGCCGCUGCUCAAUGCCCUGCCAAGUGUGGGCAUGUUUGACCCCAGCUUUAGAGUCCCUGGCAGCCAGGCAGCCGGCACCAGCCACCAGCCUCCCGCCCGAAUUCAGGGCACCCCGCCCAGCCACUGGCUUCCACAGCAGCCCCACUUCCCUCUGCCGAACCUCCCCGGCAUCCAGCACAACCUGCCCAUGCCAGCACAGAGAUCUGCUGCGGAAACCAGCGAGCUGAGGGAAGCCCUCCUGAAAAUCUUCCCUGACUCAGAGCAAAGACUGAAAAUUGACCAGAUCUUGGUGGCCCAUCCGUACAUGAAAGACCUGAAUGCGCUCUCGGCCAUGGUGUUGGAUUGAAGUCUGUCGGGAGCAGCGCUCAGGGCUGGAGGCCACACAUGAGCUGGUGUGCGUGCGUGCGUGCGUGCGUGUGUGUGUGCGUGUGUGUGGCAGCGCGAUGUGCCAUAAUGUGAAGAAACGGAUUUCCCAGCGGAAAUGCUGUUGUGUGUAUAGGGGGAAAUGUUUUGUGUAUUAAAAAAUCUGGGUUUUCAGAACCAGCUUUUUUCUAUAUAUAAACUAUGCUGCUAUUACAGAUUUAACAUUUUCUGUAAAAGGAAAGUCUACAUUUUCUGCCUGUUCAGAACUGUUUAAUAGCAGUUAUUCUUGAGUGUAUUUACAUUUUUAUGUUUUUUAAACUAUUUUCCUUAAAGCUGAAAUAUUGACAAAUGGUUAUGAAUAGCCUUUCUAAAUAAAAAGAGUUGCUUUCUUAGGGAAAGCAAGACCUCUUAAAGUAUAUUUUCUUGAGAUGACUAUGUCAUGUCCACUAACAUGAAGUAUGCUCACCCCUACCAGCCUCCUCUGCCCUCACCCCUGGAUUUAAGAGUUGGUUUUGCUCCUGUGGGUCUUUCCCUGGAGCCAUUUGUGAGAGGGGUCAAGUGGUGCCACUAGAUGGCACCGUGUGCCUGGCCGCUGUUCCCGAGCAGGGCAGAGUGGGACUCUGCGUGUGUCUGUCCGGUCAGGAGACACCUCGCCAGCCCUCACCUCCCGUCACCCUGCUCGCCCAGCCACGCCCACAUCAGCUGUGGUGUGUGCGCACAGGGCCAGACCGAUGUUCUGACACACCGCUGAGGCCUCGAAGUCCCAGCUUAGCCUCUGGUGAUGAUAAUGGGGUGUGAGAUAUAAUGAGAGCCCCAUUAUUGUGAAAAUCCCAAUGUGAAGAUUGUGCAGCUUUGCCAAAAAAUGGUUUUCUAAAGAAUGACCCGAGCCAACACAUAGCAUUAGUAGCUUCCAUGGAGGCCAGGGCCCUCACAUUGAAUUUUCCUGUCUCUCUCUCUACAGUGUCCUCCUAAGCAGCUCUCUGUGAGUCUUUCUCAAAAUUGAUAUCUCAGUAUUGUCUGUUUUCAAUGUUGCUCAGUUUUUGUGUCAGUGAAGUUUUUUCUGAGUAACUAAUUUUAACAUCUUUACUAUCUUCUUGACCUUCAAAGGGCUUUGUGUUUUAUACCUGUCCCCCCCUCCCCGCCCCCAGGAUGCUCACGCUCACUGUCAGUCUGCCCUGUGGGUCAUGGCUCCUGUCCCCAGAACCAGCUGACCAGCUGUUGGGGGCUCAGUUCUGCUUUGUUCUUGGUGGUGACAGGAAUUUCCCGGCCCCAAGCACGGCUGAGUCUCUCUCCCAGCUGCGCCUCGGGUGUGUCAGAGUCUUGAGCCCAGCUGGGUGAGUCCAGAGUCCUCCGGGUGGUCAGGCUUAUGGUUGAGUCGUGUUUGCUUUUGGACACUUUACGGCGUGGACUUGGUUGUCAGCUCUUGCUCUGGGGCAGGUUGCCCAUGUCACACUCUAUGGAGGUGGAAGGGCCUGAGGUGGUACAGGAAGUGGCUCGGGUACAGCCGCCGUGCCCCAGCUCCGGAAGGGUGGUGUGGAGAACAGCAGAGCUGCAAGGGCUGCGGCCGUCAGACCUUCCAGCUCGGGCGUGAGCCGGCGGCCCCGCCAGUCCACCGUCCCUGGUGCAGAGCUUGGCUGCCAAGGUUUGCCCCAGGACCUCUGGUAGAGCUGCACCUUCGCUGUGCCAGAGGGAGCUGACUGGCCCUGGGCCAGGAGCUCCCUGAGCUCUGGAAGUGGCCUGAUCUUGCCCAUGGGGUAGGGAAGCCUGUGUUGUUAGCAUUGUUUCUGAGCUCCUGCCCUGUCUUCUUCCUCAGGCGUGGGAAGGAAGAGUGCCGAAAACUAAGUGGGAGGAAUACAGAAAAGCACUGAUUACUUACCUUGGUGGGCAUGAUGAAGCAAAUGUGAAGCAUAGUUCAUCAUCUUUCUGAAAUCCAUCAAGUGUAGAUGAUACUUAAAAACAAAAGUUUUCAAUUCAGUUAUAAAAAAGGUCAUUACCUGUUCUCAGACUCUUUUUAAAACUAGGCUCAGUGUCGAUGUUACAUAACACCGUCUCGGCAAAGGUAGAACAUCUCUUGACUUUUGGUGGUAGAAGUAGAAGCAUUUCCACCUCCCGUGGUAGAUUUCUGAAGUGCUGCUUAGGGCGUGACAGCAGCCACGCCACCUCAUUGGUGACGCCUUCAUCUCUGGUGCAGCUCUGUGGCCUUUGUUUUGCGCUGCUGUUGUGGAAGGGCGGGCCCCCUCGGGGUCAGGAGACUGGCCGCUGUGCUCAGAGAGGUCCCCAGGGUUGAAGAGAAGGAGGCGGUGACGCAGGUAGCCCCUGGGCCUGUUGGACCUCUGCCAAGCAGCCUGGGUGGGAGCCCCUGCAGCCUGUGUGCUGGACACCAGCUCAGCCAUUCCAGGUCAACAUUUUCUGUCUGGCGUGACCACGUGCCAGGCGCUCGGCCUAUUGCGGCUCUUAGAGUCAGUGAGAGGAGGGUGGAGCCUCGCGUGGUCGUCUCGUGGCACUUGCAGACCAGGAUCCACACCUGAGCCUCACUCUCCCCACCGCCCUUCAUGCCCUGCCUCUGCCCUCCCCGCCCUGGAGAAAGCCUCCAGCUCGGGCCUCUGAGGAGGAGCCUGGCAGCCUUCUCCCAGCCUCACAUUCCUCACACUGUGGCCGCCUGCGGGUGUCGCGGUCCCUGGCCCGCUGCCCUGCCAGCACCUCCGCUCCGCACCGUCCGCAUCCCUGAGCCCUGGCUCAUCCUCUGAUGUAGUUGUCCGUUAUUCUGACUCACUUGAAUUCAUUAUCUACCUCCCCACUUCCCCCCACAGUCUGAGGUCCUUCGGAUCAAAAUAAAAUAACUGACUUCCCUAAGAGUCCGCUUUGCCACGUUACCUUGCCACCCAGCCACCGUGUAGACAUGGCCUCGAGGAGGAGGCGGGCUGCCUGCCUGCUGUUUCAGAGGCCUCUUCGCACCCCACAAUAGUGGCGUCCACACUCACUGGCCAUCACAUCUGACACCGUGACAAUGUUUUCCGGGAUUCCCCUCACUCCUAAAUGGCCUUGGUUCCUCUUUCUGCUCUUAGACUAGUCCUUGACAGGCUUUCUCCACAGGAGGUUCUCAGACUGUGCCCACUCUGGGACUCAGUGGGGGCAGUUGCUAUAGAAAGUGCAGACGACGGGGCACAACCCCGGGGGUGUUGAUUGAGUAGCUGGGGAGUAAGGCCUGGGAAUCUGCUGCUUGCACGCUCCCUGGCGAGUCCCUUGCGGGUGGUCCCUUAGCCCCCUCUGCCCUAAGUGCUGCGUUCCCUCUCCGCAGUGACUGGCCCUGCCCUUCAGGGCUGUGUGUCCAGCUCUGUCCAGAACGCCUGCAGCAUCCUCAGCUGCUCCCCGGCCAUUGCUUGCAUCUGUUCCUCAUUCUUCCCACCCCGCCCCGCCAUGCCAUGCGGCCCCCUCCCCCCGCCCCCCCAUCCUUGUCUUGCCGCGGCCCACCUGUUGUGUUCUCACGACCUUCCUGCGUGUCAGCCCCUGACCAGUCAGCCCACCUCUCAGUUGUUUUCCUUUCCAGAAAACACUGGCACUGCUAGAUUAUCUACCAGAUGCCAUCCCUUUCCCCGCCCAGUGAUACCCAGAGUAUAAGUUCAGACUCCCUGAGUUAAGACUGACUGUUCACCCCCCGGCUGUACUAGUCUGCUGUAUUCACCUGCGCCCGUCACUCACACACCACACACCCUCACAGUCACCUGUAGGCUCCUGCCUGCAAACGUCCCCCGCCACUGGCGAUGCCCUUCCCCAACGACUUCCCCUUCAGAGUCCCAGCCCUGAGUCUUUGCGCCCUUGCCCCACGCUUCUGAACGGAAGCCACCCCUGUAGUGUUCUGUGACCCCACCGCACUGUGUCCUGCUUUGGGUACCUACCCCGCUGGCUGGUGGCACUGCAGCUGAUCGUGUACUGUGUCUUACUCCCUUUCUAGACUGUGAGCUCCUCGCGGGCAGGGAUCGUUUGUGUUCACUCUUUGUAUUUUCCAUGGCACCUAGCACAGUGCCUUGCACUUAAUAGGUGCUCAAUAAACAUCUGCUUAAUUAAACUAGAAGAUGGUGCCUUUUUGAUUGCGGCAUCUGACAGCCACUAAGACCUUUAGGAAU